UAAACUCUCUUUCAUGCGUCAUCAUGUAAUAAUUAAUAAAAAUCCCGCUUGAUAUCAAAUAUUUGAGACACCUGUCUGUCACCCCCCUUCACAUUCCACCUAAUUUCUUAUCAAUUUCGAAUCAUCGGUUUCAAUUUCCCCAAAUUCGCCAUCAAAGGGCAUAAAUUACGGCAUGGGUGGUAAGAAAGUGAUUGCUAUAUGCCAAUUAGGGGGCACAUUCAAGACUCUUUGUGACGGUUCAUUGUCAUAUGAUGGCGGUGAAGCUCAUGCUAUAGACAUUGAUGAGGAUUCAAAGUACAAUGAUUUUUACAUGGAGGUUGCAGAGAUGUUUAGUUGUGUUCAUAGCUGUAUUUCUAUAAAGUAUUUUCUACCAGGAAAUAGCAAGACGCUUAUCACAAUCUCCAAUGACAAAGACCUUCAACGUAUGAUAAAGUUUCAUGAAAAUUCUAGCAGCAUUGAUGUGUAUGUCAUGGUAGAAGAAGUUGUUGCUCCGGAUGUUUCCAAUAUGCCGGCCAGUAGAUCGAGUAGAACAACAUUAUCAGAGGCUGGAAUUCUCGCUGACGCCACUCCGUGUGUCUUGGAUGAUGACAUGGACGAAAUAAGUCCACGUGUUCUUCUAGAUUCUACGUUUGACGUACCUGACGAUCUCGCUAAUGUUGACGAACACAUUGUUAACGUCGACGGACACAUCGCUAUGGCUCCCGAGAUCCCGCUCUCUAUGUCUCUACCUCUUUCUGGUUCUUCCGAAGAAAAACACAUGAAAGCCGCACAACAAUGGCAGAACAACAUUACAGGCGUAGGGCAGAGAUUCAACAGCGUAAACGAUUUCCGUGACGCCUUACGGAAAUACUCAAUCGCGCAUCAAUUCGCUUUUAAAUAUAAAAAGAACGAUAGUCAUCGCGUGACCGUACGAUGCAAGGCCGAAGGUUGUCCAUGGAGAAUUCACGCAUCGAGACUUUCGACAACGCAAUUAAUAUGUAUUAAAAAGAUGAAUCCAAUGCACACGUGUGAAGGAUCGGUCGUGACAACGGGUCAUCAAGCGACUAGAAGCUGGGUUGCGGGUGUUAUUAAGGAAAAACUAAAAGUAUCUCCGAAUUACAAACCGAAAGAUAUCGUUACCGACAUUAAAGAACAAUACGGAGUUCAGUUAAAUUAUUUCCAAGCGUGGCGUGGAAAAGAAAUCGCGAAGGAACAGCUUCAAGGUUCGUAUAAAGAAGCGUACGGUCAGUUACCGUAUUUUUGUGAGCAGAUAAUGGAGACGAAUCCCGGAAGUCUUGCGACUUUCACUACUAAACCCGACUCAAGUUUCCACCGUUUGUUUGUAUCAUUUCAUGCUUCGUUGUACGGUUUCCAACAGGGUUGCCGGCCGUUACUGUUUCUCGGUAGUGUACCGUUAAAGUCGAAAUACCAAGGAACAUUAUUGGCUGCAACUGCGCCCGACGGAGACGAUGACGUGUUUCCUGUUGCAUUUGCUGUUGUGGAUAUGGUUUCUGAUGAUAGCUGGCUUUGGUUUCUACAGCAACUCAAGGCUGCGUUGACCACAUGUCACGGUUUGACUAUUGUCGCUGACCGCGAAAAGGGUCUAAAAGAGUCUAUUUCCAACGUUUUUCAAGACGAUAGUGUAUACCAUGCUUACUGCCUACGGUUUCUAUCCGAACAACUUAUUAGAGAUUUAAAAGGACAAUUUUCCCAUGAAGUAAAACGUCUCAUUAUCGACGAUUUUUACGCUGCAGCUUACGCACCGCGACCCGAAGGUUUUCAAAAAUGCAUCGAAAGCAUCAAAAGUAUUUCACUCGAAGCUUACAAUUGGGUUAUCGAAAGUGAACCGUUACAUUGGGCAAAUGCGUUUUUUCCUGGUGCGAGAUAUAACCACAUGACCUCGAAUUUCGGUGAGAUGUUUUACAGCUGGGCGUCAGAAGCUCAUGAAUUACCGAUUACCCAAAUGGUGGAUACGAUAAGAGGCAAGAUAAUGGAGUUAAUUAACAAUAGACGAUUAGCUUCGAACCAUUGGUUAACGAGGUUAACUCCGUUUAGAGAAGAGAGAUUAGAAAAAGAAAGCAUUAAAGUAUGCGCACUUCAAGUAUUUAACUCGGGUCCCACCGGAAACAAGUUUGAGGUUCGUGGUGAUACUAUCGAGGUUGUUGAUAUUAAUAAUUAUGAUUGUAGUUGUAAAGGGUGGCAGCUUACAGGGCUGCCUUGUUGUCACGCGAUUGCGGUUAUUGGUUGUCUUGGGCGGGACCCAUAUGAUUACUGUGCUAGAUAUUUCACGUGUGAGAGCUAUAGGUUAACUUAUUCGGAGUCGGUGCAUCCUAUUCCGAGCGAGGAAAAGCCUUUGCAGAAAGAGUUUUCUCAGAGUAUUGUGACGGUAACGCCGCCACCGACGCGGCGGCCGCCAGGUCGGCCACCGACGAAGAAACUUGGAAUGGUGGAGGCGAAUAAACGUCAACUUCAGUGCAGCAGAUGCAAGUGCACAGGGCACAACAAGUCAACUUGCAAGGAGUUUAUCUGAACGUGAGAAUCGGGUAAGAGGAAUACAAUGCACUGCUGAGUUUCUUCAAGAGUUUGUUAGUUUCAUUUUCUAGUGAGAAUAAAUUGUAGGAGGAUCAAUUCGCAAGGAUGGUUGCACAGUUUAUCUGCAGAUAUAAAUAAGCAAGAAACAGAUGGGGGGUUUUUUUAAAUACUUUUCCUUACCUAAACGGAUCAAAAAGGUUAUAAUAACCAAAAGCAGAUAUCGAAACAGCCGGUCAAAACGCU